UUCUCUCACAAGCUUAGACAUCUUUCCUAUAGAUUGAAAUCUGCAAUUGAAGAUGAAAAUGAAAUCUCUCUGCAUGUUAUGCUUUGGGGGAAGGUCCUGCAUAGCACAGAAUUCUGACAUUUGUUGCGGUGGGUAUGUCUACGUGUCAAGUUGAAAUUCAAUUCUCAGAGAUGAGUAAUAUUGGAAGGCAAUACAUCAUCAGUCAUCACCAUUCCGCCCAUAACUUCAAUACAAACUAUGAAAUUUGAUAAUUAUCAAUCCAACAACAUUUGAGCUAUGAAAUCUAUGGAAGCAGUAAGAAAUGUCGUAAGACACCCAACAAUUUCCCUUGUAGAAACAUGUAAACGCCUGACAGAAAUCAAGCAAGUUCAUACUCAACUAAUCGUGGCUGGUCUCCUCAACGACCCUUUUCUCGUCGGUCAAUUUCUGGCCUCCCUUGUCAUCAAACGUCCCAACGAUCUUGAUUACGCGACUCUCGUUCUGGAUCAAUGUCAUAACCCAACUGCCUUCGCAUUCAACACCAUGAUCAGAGCUCAUUCCAAAACCUCAAACCCUCUCAAAAGCUUCAUUUUUUACAAAAGAAUCCUUCACUCAAAUAACAAACUCAUCCCUGACAACUAUACUUUCAAUUUCUUAGUCCGAGCCUGUGCUCAGUUGUUCGAGGAGGCUGGUUCAGCUGUCCAUGCGGUUGUAGUAAGACGUGGGUUCCAAAUGGAUCCUCACUUGCAAAGCGGGUUGGUUUACAUGUAUGCUGAAGUGGGUUUCUUGGAUUCUUCUCUUAAGGUGUUUGCUGAAAUUCCCAAGCCAGAUUUAGUGACUCAAACUGCAAUGCUGGUGGCCUGCGCUAGAUCUGGUCGUCUUGAUUUCGCACAGGAAGUGUUUGAUAAAAUGCCUGUAAGAGAUACUAUUUCAUGGACAGCCAUGAUAUCAGGAUAUGCACAAGGAGGUUUGCCCAUGGAUGCACUGAGAUUGUUUAAUUCGAUGCAACUGCAGAGUGUGGAAGUGAACGAAGCGUCCAUGGUUUCGGUUUUAUCUGCCUGCACUCAGUUGGGUGCUAUAGAACAGGGAAGAUGGGCACAUGCAUAUAUCGAAAGACACAACCUUCCAAUGACCGUUACAUUAGGCACUUCUCUAGUGGACAUGUAUGCAAAAUGCGGGGACAUUGAAAUGGCAAUGAGCAUCUUUUGGAGGUUAAUGGAAAAGAAUGUAUAUACAUGGAGUAGCGCCAUGGGAGGUUUAGCAAUGAAUGGACUUGGUAACGAAUGCUUAGAGCUAUUCUCGUUGAUGAAACGAGAAGGGGUUAAACCGAAUGAAGUCACUUUCAUUUCGAUACUAAAGGGUUGUAGCGUUGCUGGAUUGGUUGAUGAAGGUUGUAGACAGUUUGAUUCGAUGAUAAAAGACUAUGGUUUUGUGCCAAUGCUGGAACAUUAUGGAUGUAUGGUAGAUUUAUAUGGGAGAGCUGGUUUACUAAUGAAAGCUCUUGAUUUUAUAAACAAAAUGCCUAUUCAGCCUCAUGCUGGUGCUUGGGGAGCUCUACUGAAUGCAUGUAAGAUCCAUGGAGAUAUGGAACUUGGCGAAAUUGCGGCUAGAAAGAUAGUUGAACUAGAGGCUAAGAACCAUGGUGCAUAUGUGGUCUUGUCGAACAUCUAUGCGGAUUCGCACGAGUGGGACAAAGUUGGAACUAUCAGGAAAAGUAUGAUGGUAAAGGGUGUGGAGAAGAUCCCAGGUUUUAGUGUCAUAAGUUAAUCAAAAUUCAUCCAAAUGAAAAGAAUAACUCUUAAGAAGAACUUUUUUGAUCUUUGAUUAUUUGAAAAAGUAUAAUUAUGAUAUUGUAGGA